AUGGCAACCCGUAGAUAUGCUUUUGGAAGGGCUGAUGAGGCCACUCAUCCAGACUCCAUGAGGGCUACUUUGGCUGAAUUUGCCUCUACUUUCAUCUUUGUCUUUGCUGGAGAAGGCUCUGGCCUUGCUUUGGUGAAGAUUUACCAGGAUUCAGCUUUCUCAGCUGGUGAACUACUAGCACUUGCGCUUGCACAUGCAUUUGCUCUAUUUGCUGCGGUAUCUGCUAGCAUGCAUAUUUCAGGUGGCCAUGUCAACCCGGCUGUGACAUUCGGUGCUCUCAUUGGGGGAAGGAUCUCUGUGAUCCGUGCAGUAUACUACUGGGUUGCUCAACUUCUAGGUUCCAUAGUGGCUGCCUUAGUACUCAGGCUUGUCACUAAUAACAUGAGGCCAUCAGGGUUCCACGUGGCACCAGGUGUUGGCGUAGGACACAUGUUUAUUCUUGAGAUUGUGAUGACAUUUGGGCUGAUGUAUACUGUAUAUGGUACUGCAAUAGAUCCCAAAAGGGGUGCUGUAACCAACAUUGCACCCUUGGCAAUUGGGCUCAUUGUUGGGGCAAACAUCCUUGUUGGUGGGCCAUUUGAUGGAGCAUGCAUGAACCCUGCUCUGGCUUUUGGGCCUUCCUUAGUGGGCUGGAGAUGGCACCAGCACUGGAUCUUCUGGGUGGGUCCAUUGAUUGGGGCAGCACUGGCAGCACUGGUGUAUGAAUAUGCUGUGAUUCCAAUUGAACCACCCCCACACCACCACCAACCUUUGGCUCCCGAAGAUUACUAG